UUUUCUUCAUCAUUAUUCAUCAACAAGAGAGAGAAACAACUUUGGUUGAGUGUCCCUUUUUUUUUUGCAAUUUCUUGACGUCAACCCUUCUUCUUCCUCUUUCCGUCUUUGUGAAGUCUAAAUUCUGAUCAGAACCCUAAUCGAUUGUAAAUCUUCAAAAAAUCACUUUCCGCUUUCCCAAUUUCGAUCAAUCAUAGCUAUGGCGACCAGUGGAAACAAAAAUAUGAACGCCAAAUUGGUGCUCCUUGGAGAUGUUGGAGCUGGAAAGUCUAGUCUAGUUCUGCGUUUUGUUAAAGGACAAUUUAUUGAAUUUCAGGAAUCAACCAUAGGUGCUGCAUUUUUCUCCCAAACAGUAGCAGUAAAUGAUGCAACUGUAAAAUUUGAAAUAUGGGAUACAGCAGGCCAAGAGAGAUACCACAGUCUAGCUCCAAUGUAUUACAGAGGAGCUGCAGCUGCUAUAAUUGUUUAUGAUAUAACAAAUCAAGCAUCAUUUGAUAGAGCAAAAAAAUGGGUUCAGGAGCUUCAAGCACAAGGUAAUCCAAAUAUGGUGAUGGCACUUGCCGGAAAUAAAGCCGAUUUGUUAGAUGCAAGAAAAGUGGCUGCUGAGGAAGCACAAACAUAUGCGGAGGAGAAUGGUCUGUUCUUCAUGGAAACAUCUGCAAAAACUGCAUCUAAUGUUAAUGACGUUUUCUCUGAAAUAGCGAAGAGACUGCCUCGGCUUCAGCCAGCACAAAAUCCAUCUGGGAUGGUUCUUAUGGAUAGGCCUGCUCAAACACCGGCUGCUGGUUCUUGUUGCUCUUAAAUCGCUGCUGGUGCUUUUCAUCUCAAUGUUGUUUUUGCUUAAUUUGUUUUUGCUGAUUGUUAGAGUUCGUUGUGCCCAUGGUCCAUCACUGUACAGAUUUCAUGGAAAAAAAAAUCAAUGUGCUGAACUCUUUUCUAUGGAUCCUCCUAAUGUAAUGAGAUUCUGUGACAUGCUUCAGUAUGCUAUUAAACAAUAUAUGCAUCAUAUAACUAUUUAAUAUUCA